UUUUUUUCUCUCAAAAGUAGGCAGCAGCGCAGUUGACAAUUUAGCCACAUAAAAUUAUAUUCGGAAAUUCUUGUGUUCUUUAUUUGAAGCAAGAAAAAUAAUUAAAAGGAAACCAAAUAAUUAUAAUAUUGUUGAAGAAAGUGAAAUCAAUAUUUGUGCAUUUCAUUAGCUAACCCACACAAAAUGUUACAACAAGUAUUUAUACAGGGACGACUCACUGUGCAGCUUGGCAACCCCAACCCCAACCUGUGCCUGCAACGGACUUUACAGUAGCCUCUCUUUGUGCACGAUGCCGAGUGCCGCUACCGAGCCGAGACCGAACGAGCCCGAAUGCCACCACAGCUCCGCGCAUGUGUGCGUGUGUGAGCGAUCAUGCGGGAGCUGCGGCCCAGUCGCUGCGCUGGGAGAGCGUCGUAUAAAAGUAAGGUUGGGAACUUGUUUGCCACUCAUUUCAUAAACGUGCCGCCUGUUGAACGGAACGCUAAGAGCGACGCACGCGCAACCGCCCCCCAAAGAAAAUACGAUAUCGACGUGAAUAUGUGCGUCUAGUUCGGUUCAAGCCAAAAAUAAAAAUAAAAAAAAACUAAUAGAAAAUAGUGAAACGUGAUUCGAAUCACAACAUGGUCAUGGAGAUGUCCAAGACGUAUCAGUACCGCAAGGUGAUGAAACCGUUGUUGGAACGCAAACGACGUGCGCGAAUCAACAAGUGCCUGGACGAUCUCAAGGAUUUGAUGGUGGAGUGCCUGCAGCAAGAGGGCGAGCAUGUUACGCGCCUCGAGAAGGCCGACAUACUCGAGCUAACUGUGGAUCACAUGCGCAAGCUGAAGCAACGUGGCGGGCUCACGCUGCAGGCCGUCGGCAGUGCUGCGAGCGCUGGAAAUGUGGCCGCCUCCAGCACCAGCGCCGCCCACGUCGAGUCCUUUCGCUCGGGCUAUGUGCAUGCUGCCGAUCAGAUUACACAAGUGCUGUUGCAGACGCAGCAAACUGAUGAGAUUGGCCGCAAGAUUAUGAAGUUUCUAUCGACGCGCCUAAUUGAGCUGCAAACUCAACUGCUGCAACAGCAACAACAACAACAGCAGCAACAACAGCAAUCUGUCUCUCAUGCCACAGGACGCUUGGCCUUUCCGCUGCUGGGCGGGUACGGCGCCGCAGCCGCAGCCAGCUACAGCGCCUUUCUGGCGGGCAAGGACGAGCUGAUCGAUGUGACAUCCGUGGAUGGCACAGCGCUCUCCGAAACAGCGUCGAUUAGCUCGCAGGAGUCGGGCGCCUCGGAGCCCGUCUGGCGGCCCUGGUAAUCAACUGGCUGCCUGUCUGCCUGGCGACAUCAUCUAAUUUCUAGAUCUUAUCUUAAGUAUUCCAAAUGGCUAUUAACCGUUCGCUGCAGCCAUUAUCAGCAGCAGCAACAACCGCAGCAAAAUCUGUUGUCUUCCAAAGCAAAUUGUGGCAACGAAUCGCAUUGAUUUCGUUGCACUGUGCAUUGUUUUUAAAUACUUUUAAGUUUAUUUUAAUAAUAACUGUAAAUUUUUGCAUUUCAACUGUGAUAUAACUAAAGUACGUGGCCUUUCAACUCACCUGGAAUGCGCCAACCUCCUAAUAAUUUUUGCUAAAGUUUCCUAGCGUUUAAAGUGUGCGUUGUUUAUAAGUAAAGGCAUCUUAUAAAAAUAAAAAUAUACUAAGCUUUAAAUAAUUUAUAAAUGUUAAUUUAGGAUUUAAAUAUGAAUAAACAAACAGUUCUCAUGUCAA